AUGUUUGGUUCCAUUCUAGCCCUUGGGGCAUUCGCGACGUCCGUCUGCGGCCACACCAUCUUUCAGGAGAUGUACGUGAAUGGUGUUGAUCAGGGGCACAUCAACGGUAUUCGGGUGCCAACGUAUGAUGGUCCUAUCACGGACGUCACUUCGAACGAUCUCAUCUGUAAUGGAGGGAUCAAUCCUUACCAGCAACCCGUCUCUACAGUCAUCAUCAACACAGUUGCUGGGGAGCCAGUCACUGCUGAAUGGCAUCAUACCCUCGCUGGCGCAGAUCCAUCGGACCCUGCAGACCCCAUCGACCCAAGUCACAAAGGACCGGUCAUAGCUUAUCUCGCCAAAGUUGAGAACGCCACUCAAACAGACGUUACUGGCCUUGAUUGGUUCAAGAUCUACGAGGACGGGUUGACUGUCAGCGACCAGUCAUGGGGUGUGGAUCGACUUAUUGCUAACAAAGGAAAAGUGACUUUCAACUUACCCUCCUGCAUUGAGGCCGGCCAAUACCUCUUGCGUGUGGAAAUCAUCGCAUUACAUGCCGCGAACUCGUACCCCGGUGCCCAGUUCUACAUGGAGUGUGCCCAGCUCCAAAUCACUGGCGGUGGAAGCACCAGUCCGGCCACAGUCAGCUUCCCCGGUGCCUACAGUGGUACCGACCCGGGGAUCAAGAUAAACAUCUACCAGACCCUCCCAUCGUACACUAAUCCAGGACCUCCCGUAUUCUCCUGCUCCGGAAACUCUGACCCUGCCCCAUCCUCUUCUGCGCCCGUGGUCUCUAGUUCUAGUGCUGCCCCGGAGCCUAGUAGUACGUCCGCAGCGCCGCCUGCCUCUUCGAGCGUUUCCGGUGCUGGUACGGCACAGGAGUAUGCUCAAUGUGGAGGUACGUUGAUCUUUGAUUCUUGA